AUGGAAUCGUUCACCACAGGCAUCGAGAGAUAUCCCACUCAAGAUAUAUCACCAAAGGAUGAUGCGCAAAGGGUUCUUAAAGUCCUGAAAGAUGGCGGAAUUGCUAUCAUUCCUAGCAAUGUUGGAUACGGAAUUGUUGCCACUGAUCCGGAGGCACUCUGUCGCAUCUUUAACGCAAAAAAGCGCCAACCGCAUAAACGGCACGCUAUGAUCGGCAAUUAUGACCUUCAUAAGGAUAUUCACAAUCUUCCUGCACGAGGGGCAGAGAUGGUUAGACGGUUGACAGUCGACCUAGAUCUACCCCUUGGAGUCGUCGCCUCAUACCAUCCCGAUCAUCCAAUAAUCAAGAAGAUCCCUGAAUAUCUACUCAAUCAGAGUUCCGUCGGAGGAACUAUGGCUAUGCUUGUGAAUGGAGGAAAGUUCCAAGAGGAGUUGUCUAAGCUUGCAAGCAAUGAAGAGCUUCCACUCCUCGGUUCUUCGGCUAAUCUUACGGGCACGGGAACGAAAGUAACCGUAGAAGAAAUUGAGCCUGAGAUCAAAGCGGCAGCGAAUAUUAUUAUCGACUAUGGACGGCAGAAGUAUUCCCAUCCGCGCCCUUCCUCGACAAUGAUCAAUUUCAACGAUCUGAGAGUGCUCCGAUUCGGGGCUUGUUACCACGUGAUACAAGACGUGUUUUCUCGCUUCUACGGUAUCCAUUUGCCGGAUGACCCCGGCCGAGAUAUUUUGUUCUCAGGACAUCUUGCAAACAGUAACAAUGUACAUUGA